AUGAUCCUUGAACCAUCUUCCAAGAUUUUCCUGCUUCUACUAUUCAUUAUCAUUUCUUUAAUAAGAAUACAAGCUCUUAAUAAUAUUUUAAGUGAGCUUAAUAAACGUUUGCUGAUCUCCACAAACUUUUUGUAUUGUAAUCACACCGAUAAAUUAUAUAAUUACGAAGCAAAUUAUCUUCGAGAUAUGCCAUCCUUGAGUCUGAUGAUCUUAACGGAAGCCUUUAACGCCACUGAACUUCAAUAUAAUUUGGGAGCCAAAAACAAACUCUUUGUGAUUUUGGAAAAUGAAGAGCCGCCCUAUGAUAUGUUCAAGUCCUUGGAUUUGCAAUUUCAAGAAGCUGAAUAUGUGAUUAUCAUAAAGAAUCCUGUAGAUAUGACACAGGACAUCAGAUGGUUGGACUUUGUGAGGUAUUUGUGGCAAGAGGGCUAUGUGCAUGUGCUCUUCUAUACCUCCUACAAUGAGAAAUUGUAUCACAAAGUUAUAUUUCCCAAACUAAGGAUAAAAGAAAUUGACAUUAAAUCCUAUAUCAAUCUUAGAGGAUCGUUUCAGAACCUAUAUGGUUACCCCGUUCGUGUGGCUGCCUAUAAUAAUGCUCCUCGCUCCAUGAUAUAUGUGAACGGUGUGGGAAAAACGAUCUUUGCUGGCUUCUACAUGAGAUUUAUAAGGGCUUUCGUGGCCGCAAGGAAUGCCAGUUUUGUGCCCAUCUUAACGCCAAGUAAUUCUCCAGGAAAUUGCACUUUGGCUCUCCAAAAUGAGCGAGUAGAUCUGUGUGCCGAUGCCUUGGCAGCGAAUCCUUCAGCCUUCAGUUUAACCCAUGGAUUCAGGAUAGCCGCUGCAAAUGUCCUGGUGACACAUGCAAAACCUUUGCAUUCCUAUCGCUACCUGACAGCUCCCUUUCAGCUGGAUGUGUGGCUGUGCCUGGCCAGCUAUGUGGGCCUGGUGGUGAGCUUCCUCAGCCUAAUCCACUGGCUGAAGAGUGGAAGAUGGGACUUUAGCAGGCAUCUUCUCGAAGUCUUCAGUUCGCUUUUGUACAGUGGUUUCCACCUGAAGAGGCUGCAGGGAAAAGCCCGAUAUAUACUCUUCUUUGUGCUCUUCAUAGCUGGUUUUGUGUACUCCACCGAGUACUUGGGACUCCUGAAGAGCUUGCUGAUCUCCGAGGUAUUUGAGAAGCAAAUCAAUAACUUUGAGGCUCUGGUGGAGAGCAAUAUAACACUCCUAGUGGAUCCUUACGAUAAGAUACUAUUCGCCAAGUACAAUAUGCCGCAGAUACUUUGGUCCAUCAUCGAGACCGUAUCCUUUAAGACACUGCUGGAGCGCAGGAAUCGCUUCGAUCAGGAUUACGCCUACGUACUCUUCUCGGAUCGCAUGGCCCUGUACGAUUAUGCCCAGCAGUUCCUCAAGCACCCCAAGCUGCUACGCAUUCCCAUUGACUUUAGUUUCCUCUACACCGGAAUUCCGAUGCGGAAACGUUGGUUCCUCAAGCACCAUUUGGAUCGGGCCUGGUACUGGGCCUUCGAGAGUGGACUUACGCGGAAACUGGCCCUGGAUGCCGACUAUGAGGCGGUGCGCGUGGGCUACGUGGAUUUUCUCAUCCCGGAGCACUUGGAGGCACAGCCUCUGGGACUGGAUUAUUUCAUCAUGCCAACGAUUGCUCUGGCCCUGGGCUACAGCCUGGCCCUGGUUAGUUUUGUCAUCGAGAUGACGGCCUGGCGCAUAAGCAAAUUCCUGGGAUGCAAGCGGAGGACGCUGGUGGCCAGGGAGGCGAUCAUGGAGAUGGGAACGAGUUCAGAAGGCGGUGAUGUUGAUGUUGAUUGA